CUCCUCGACCCGUUUACAAGAACGAUGCCGGCAAGAGUUAAAAAUGGUUUUUCUUGCUAGUUUUUUGCUGAAAUCGUUUAAAAAGCCUUUAAGGAGCUCCCUCCGAGGCCGGUUUCUGGACACACUCCGACUCACGGUGAAAGGCGGACACGGCGGAAACGGAUUACCAAAGUACGGCGGAGUCGGUGGACAAGGCGGAGCGGUGUAUUUCGUAGCCAAGGAUGGAACCUCGUUACGCGAUGUAGCGGCCAAGUUCUCGAACAAACGGGUCAUUGCGGGGAACGGGGAGGAAAGCUCAAAGGCUCGGAUUCUCGGACGAAGAGGCACAGAUCAGCGGGUAGAGGUUCCGCUCGGUAUCCGGGUGCUGGACGAUUUGGAAGGCACAGUCAUCGGAGAGCUGGAUGAGGCCGGAAAGAAUUGUCUUGCAGCUGGCGGCGGCAGUGGCGGUUGCUCGGGGAACUCGUUUCUCGGUAAAGCAGGCCAACUGCGCACGUUGACUCUCGAUCUGAAGCUGAUUGCCGAUGUGGGAUUGGUCGGGUUCCCCAACGCCGGCAAGAGCACAUUGGUGAAGGCGAUAUCCCGAGCAUCACCGAAAAUCGCUUCCUAUCCCUUUACCACGAUACGGCCACAGAUCGCUACGAUCGAGUAUGAAGACUACCGCCAGAUAACGAUUGCCGAUCUGCCGGGAUUGAUCGAGGGUGCUCACGCAAACUACGGCAUGGGACACAAGUUUCUGAAGCAUGUCGAGCGGACACGACUCCUGCUGAUCAUCGUGGAUGUGUUCGGUUUCCAGCUAAGUCCAAAGCACCAGAAACGUAACUGUCUGGAAACAAUAUAUGCGCUCAACAGGGAGCUGGAGCUGUACGAUGAGACACUGCUGGACAAACCGUGUGCACUGGUGAUCAACAAGAUGGACCAGCAGGGCGCGAUUGAAGAGAUCUGCAAGUACGACCGAUAUUUUCAGUCACUUGAAGACGGCCUCAACCUGUGCCCCGAGGAACUGAAACCGAGCAAGCUGCUUUCGAUCGACAGCGUGAUUCCAAUUUCGGCCAAAAGCAUGACAGAGGUAGACAAGGUGAAGCAGGAGGUACGCACCAUUCUCGACCUGAAGGCCGAGGAAGAACAGCAACGGUUAGCAGAUUCGGAACGAGAGGCGAACCUUCGCGAAAAACUACGCGAACGAGGACCUAAAGUUGUGUAACGUAGGUGCCACGAAAGGGAGCUCUCGCGAUACAGUUUGCCAAUAGUAAGGGGAUGUAAAUAAAUUACCAUACAAUGUAUUAUCCUUGGACUGUU